AUGCCUCUAAAAGAUGAGCUAGCGUAUAUCCUCUCCGUCGCUCGUCCUGAGCUACGCCUCCAUCAAGCUGCAAAGGGUGAAGCUCAGGGACAUCUCCACCUCCCCGGCUGCAAUUUUGCCUCCGAACAAGGAGGGCAAAUACCACCUGAUAUCUCGGACAUAAAUUUGAAUGAGGUGCAACUUCCACAGUUCGUCCUUGUUUUGGAGAAAUUCGCAAUCUACCAGCGACUUGUAGAAGAAAGAUUCAGCGCGACCAGGGAUUGUCUUCUUGUCACAGGAAGAGGACAACCUGAUAGAGCCACUCGUGCACUUUUAGCCAGGCUUGAUCAAUGGAAUGUGCCUUGUUUUCUUCUUGUCGAUGGAGAUCCUUGCGGGUUGGAUAUCUACCUCACUUAUCGUGUUGGAUCUUGGCAGCUCGUCCAUGAGCAGGACAUCAUUGUCCGAGGGCUGAUUCUUGCUGGAAUCAGACCGAAUCAAAUCAAAAGCCGCUUCAACUUCCCCAGAGAUAUUCUAGCGACGAUGGGGAUCCAAACAAUUGAAGAAUUCAACAAUGAUACGAUGAAGCAAUAUUGGGAUAUUGUGAUGUUUUACCACGAGCUUGCUGUCAUGGAGGAGCUUGAGUAUAAAGUCGAACUUGAAGCUCUUGAAUCUAUCGAGAAUGGAGUUUACCGAGGAACAUAUCUUUCAAACUUCUUCAUCCCCGAAUACGUCGAAAGUCGCGUGAUCGACCACCAACGUAGAGUCCCAGUUGCCGCUUUGUCGCAGGAGCAAAAUCAAGUCGUUAUCGAAGAACUGCCAGACGACAAUUACGAUCUUCGAUUAAAUGACAGCGCUGUCGGAUCGAGUUACAGCGAGACCCAGAGCUUGCCGGAAAGAAAUCCAUCACAGCUGUCUCACUUCUCCGGCUACUACUCCCAGUAUUCUGACUCUUAUCAUUCUCAACACUACUUCAAAUAA